AUGUUAUUUGGUGUCCUGCUUUUAAACCUACUACUCCUGCUGGGUACUUCUUGCAGCGGACAGAAUACAAAGUACUGUUCAGUUUGCAGAGCUGUAGUAAGUGAAGCUGAAUGGAUAGUGAGUCAAGUAGACCCCAAGAAAAGUAUUCAAGUUGGAAGCUUCAGGGUUGAUCCCAAAGGAAAUCAAAAAAUAAAAGAUAAACAGUAUGCAAGGUCAGAGGUCCACCUAGAGGAAGUCAUUGAGUCAGUUUGUGAGAAGAUGAGACUGUACUCAGAGAUUACUCUUGAUGAUGGAUCAGUGCAGAUGGUUAGGACAGUAGGAUUUAAUGGCAGGAGGCUCGAGACAGAUGGUUUAAAGCUGGCUUCAGAUGAGGGGAGGGCAUUCAUGUAUAAGUGUGAUCACUUUCUAGAAGAUCAUGAGGAAGAAUUAAUCUCACAGCUUCAGCGUGAAAACAUUCCAAACUACGAGAAAUUGAUCUGUGGAGAAAAACUAGGAGUUUGUGCCAUGGAUGUGCUAGAGACCCCUAUGUUGACUUUACCAGAAACUGUUGAUGAAGAAAUUCAAAUUGGUGAAACUGAGGACAGCAACAAACCUGAAGACAACACAGCAGAGAAUGGUGGUAGUGAUGGUGAUGAUGUUGAGGUCAAUGACUCAGAAGCCACUGAGAGUACUGAUGAGAAAACAGAAUUAUGA